AUGCCUACAUGUUUGCGCUUUCUCUUCUCUGAUCUCUUAGUGUUGUUCCUUCUUUUACUCACGGCCUCUUUGUCUUCUCCGCAGCCACUUUGUCAUCAAGAUGAGAGCUUAGCUCUUAUGCAAUUCAAGGAUAGCUUUAUCAUAGACAAUGAUACUUGUAUGACUUGGUCUAGCUAUCCCAAGACUGCAUCAUGGAGUGUAGAAGCAAAGGGUGGUAGAUCAGAUUGUUGUUCAUGGGAGGGGGUUGAGUGCAACCACCACACAGGUCAUGUUAUUGGCCUUGACCUUAGUGCCAGCUGUCUCAAUGGUUCUAUCAACUCCAACAGCAGCCUCUUCCGCCUUUCUCAUCUUCGGAGCCUUAAUCUUGCUUACAAUAACUUCAAUUACUCUAAAAUCCCAUCUACAGUUGGCAAUCUUUCAAGGCUAACAUAUCUUAAUUUCAGUGAGUCUUAUGUUUCAGGAAAAGUACCUUUCGAAGUUUCAUACCUCUCCAAGUUGUCAUCGCUGGAUUUUUCAUCCAAUUAUGAUUUAGUUAUUGGAAGUCUAACAAGGUUAGUCCAAAACCUAACCCGCCUCGAAGAGAUUCUUCUUAGUUACGUCAACAUAUCGUCCAGAGUACCUAAGAGCUUGGCAAAUUUGUCUUCCUUGAGGACUCUAGAGCUAGAAGGUUGUGGAUUGUAUGGGGAGUUCCCAAUUCAAAUUUUUCAGCUACCAGAACUACAGAACCUUGAUAUAAGAUCCAAUGAAAAUCUCACUGGUCAGUUGCCUGAAUUUCAUUCCAGCACUGUCCUUCAAACUUUGCAACUUUCUCAGACAAGUUUCUCUGCUAAACUACCGACUUCAAUUGGAAACCUUAAUUCCUUAGAGGGCUUAUGUAUUGAUUAUUGCAAUUUCUCUGGAUCCAUCCCAAACUCCAUCUGGAACCUUACCCAACUCACUAAUCUGCACCUCUCAGGGAACUCGUUCGACGAUUUGUCAUGCCUCACCAAAGCCAAUUCUAAUGACACUCUUCCACACUUACAAUAUUUACAUUUGUCUUCUCUCAACUUAACAAAGUUCCCAAAUUUCCUACGAAACCAGAACAAACUUGAGACGCUAAUUCUAUCACAAAACAAUAUUCAUGGUAUAAUACCCAAAUGGGUGUUUAAUGCAAGUAAAGAAAGCCUUCAAGGUUUAUUUCUUUAUAACAACUUUCUCACCGGCUUUGAAAAUUCUCAAGAUGUUCUUCACUUGCCAAAUCUACAAGAAGUGGACCUCACAAAUAACAGGCUACAAGGAACAUUCUCGAUUUCUCUGGUUGCACCAUCUAUUCGAAGUUUAUAUCUUUCUAACAACUUUCUCACCGGCUUUGAAAAUUCUCGAGAUGUUCUUCACUUGCCAAAUCUACAAGAAGUGGACCUCACAAAUAACAGGCUACAAGGAACAUUCUCGAUUUCUCUGGUUGCACCAUCUAUUCGAAGUUUAUAUCUUUCUAACAACUUUCUCACCGGCUUUGAAAAUUCUCGAAAUGUUCUUCACUUGCCAAAUCUACAUGAUUUGGACCUCACAAAUAACAGGCUACAAGAAACAUUCUUGAUUUCUCUGGUUGCACCAUCUAUUCGAGGUUUAUAUCUUUCUAACAACUUUCUCACCGGCUUUGAAAAUUCUCGAGAUGUUCUUCGCUUGCCAAAUCUACAACACUUGGACCUUGAGAAUAACAGACUCCGUGGAUUCCUCCCGAUUCCACCACCAUCUAUCAGAAGUUAUCGAGUCAGGAAUAAUUCUUUUACAGGAGAAGUCUCACCAUUGUUUUGCAAUCUAAGUUCACUUUAUGUGCUUGAUUUUUCCUAUAACAAUUUGAGCGGCCAGCUGCAUCCAUGUUUCUGCAAGUUAAGUCAGACUUUGAAAGUACUCGCACUACGAGGCAAUAACAUCGGUGGAACCAUCCCAGAUGAAUGGGCAAAGAGGUGCAGCUUAAGUAUGAUCGACUUGAGUCAAAACCAAUUCCAAGGUCAGCUCCCAAGAUCAUUGGACAAUUGUAAGGAGUUACGGUAUCUUGAUGUUGGUAACAAUAAGAUUCAUGAUACCUUUCCCUUAUGGUUAGAAACUCUUCCUGUGCUGCAGAUUUUAAUUCUUCGCUCUAAUGGAUUUUACGGUGCAAUAAGAAAUAUCCAAAUCAAUUGUACAUUCUCCAACUUGCAUAUUAUCGAUCUAUCCCACAACAAUUUCUCUGGAGAUUUGCCCGCAGAAUGCUUCCAACAAUGGAAUGCCAUGAAAUUAUUUGGAGCAAAAGAGUUGCAAUACUUGGACUAUUCUAUUAUCAGUUACUCGAUUACACUAACAACUAGAAGCAUAGAGUUGAAGUAUGAGAGGAUCCAAGAUGAACUCAAAGUCAUUGAUUUAUCAUGCAACAGAUUUGAAGGAGGAAUUCCAGAAGUAGUGGGAAAUCUAAAAGGACUUCACAUUCUCAAUUUCUCCAACAAUGCUCUCUUCGGUCAUAUCCCAUCAUCGUUGGCAAACUUGACAAAUCUAGAAUCAUUGGAUCUUUCUCAAAAUAAUUUAAUUGGAGAAAUACCCCUACAACUCGCCCAACUCACUUUCCUGGCAUUUUUUAAAGUGUUCAACAAUCGUCUCACAGGUCCCAUACCACAUGGAAAUCAAUUUGAUACGUUUCCGAACAGUUCAUUCAAUGGUAACCUAGGAUUGUGUGGAAAACCGUUGUCAAAAGCAUGUGGGGACUCACUGCCUACACCUGAUCCAACGUUAAUGUUUGAAGGAAAUCAAGAUGGAGUGUCUCCAUUUGAAUUUGGGUGGAAAGUAGUUGCUAUCGGGUACGGGUGUGGAUUUGUAGUAGGAAUUGUUAUUGGACAAUGGGUGAUUGCAAGGAAGCAAGAUUGGUUUGUAAAUACCUUUAGAAAGAAGUAG